AUGAUCACAACCCUUCCUGGCCUGUAUCUCGCCACGGUGGGGGUGAUAAAGCCGAUUGUGUGGUUGGCCGAUCUGAGUGGGAGUGUGGUCUGCUCCACUGCCAUGCUGCGAUUUAUCAACCUUCUCUUCAACUCUGGCAACUUGUACCUGCUCCAUCUGCUCAUCUGCAAACUGCACCAACGAGAGAAGACUCGUACAGCCUCACAACGGAUCCUGUCGGCUCUCUCCCUCUCCACCUUCCCAUUGCUGUACUUCUUCAACUUCUUGUACUACACAGACGCCGGCUCUACUUUCUUCAUCCUCUUCACAUACCUCAUGACUCUGUAUGGCUGCCACAAGGCCUCAGCACUCUUGGGCGUAUGUGCCAUACUCUUCCGCCAAACCAACAUAAUCUGGGUGGCUUUCUGCGCCGGAUCGGUGGUUGCUGCCAAAAUGGACGAAACCUGGAGAGCGGAUCAGACCAAGAAGAAAGACGAGCACAAAUCACAAGUUCCGCUGAAUAUAAGUGGAGUGAAAAAAGUUCUGGGUUUCACAUUUGAGUUUGUGACCAGCCCUGUGCAUAUUAAUCGUGGGUGA